AUGGCUGCUGACCCGAGAUCACAUAGCACCAGCCAGUUUGCAAAAGCAACAAAGCAUUGGGGGUUCUAUAAGCAACCUCGCCAGGCCAAGACAAUAGCUCGGGCGCUUGAAGCAACUGCUUUGAUGGAGCCUGAGCCAUCCGGCGCGAUAUUUGAUAUCGAGGUUGAUGCUUUAGGUGCAGAUGAUGAACACGAACCUCUUUUCCACAUUGACAAUACACUUAGUCCAGAUUUCGAUCCUCCCAAGAACGCCAAGGAUGACGAGGAUUCAUGCAAGGAGCCGUCUCGGAAAGCUGAAGAUAUUUUUCUGGAGGCCGAGAAGAGCCCCCAGAAAACCAGAUUAUCGAGCAACCGAUGCCACGCAGCGAAUGUCAAGAGUCCAAUGCGUAUUACGAACGCACCCGAAACCCAGAUUCCAUCAACCUUGAGAUUUUCGCACCCCCGGGUCCUGGAUCGAAAUCAAAAAAAGUUUCUGAUGUGUGGCACAACGCGAGAGCUGUACUUAGAUUAUUCGGCAUGCUGCUACCUCUUCCAAGAUUCCUUUGACUGUAUUAUGGAGAACAUCCGCUUUAGUAGUAGGAUUAUCGCCGAUGAGAAUCUUGGACGCCAAUUUCUGGAUCUUAUGAGGAUGGCCAAAUCAACGACCAUGGGUGAAUCGGUUAUCAGCCUGCUACAAGAUUCCCAUAUUCUCGAAGCUGCAGAAGGGGACGCAGAUCAGACGUCAGUCUUUCCUUUUACCACUGCGCAAGAUCGCAUGCUUUUUCAUGCCUACCUUUCUCGCAUCUAUGCUCUUAUACCAGGCGAAGAGGACCAGGCUCGAAGGCACCUUGGCCGACUUCGCCAGAUCAGGGAUGAACUCGUCGCAAGUCCAAAUUGUUCCCUCAAUAUGUGGUCUAUCCUUCUUAUACAAGGGGAUUCCACUCAUAAACAUACCCCAGACGAUUUGGUUGAAAGACUGGACAUUGAUGAUGGAGAGUUUCUAUAUCUCUUUCGGCUGUGCCUGAACUUAUGUAACGAAUGGCUUGAGUUGGUCGAAAAAGGGGCCUCAAGUCAUGCUCUUGUACAGUUUGACACUUUAUUCCAACAUACAGAUGGCGCUGCAAAUUCACAGGAGAUCUCGAGAUUGAUAAAAAAGCAGAGUUGCCUUGAUACGUGGCAAGAGGCGGGAUUCCUUUUUGCCUUCGUCUGGGGCAAUGCGCAGCAGAAAACAUCAAUCUCAUUGUCUUGGUGGAACCAAGUCGAGAUAUCAGGUAUAUCACCUUCGCAUUUCCUGGCUGUUGUAUGCCGGAUGAUUGUUCAUCAAACGACCAUCUCUCCAAACUGGGGGAACGGAUUCGUAUGGGAAAAUGUCACUGGGAAAUGCAUUAGCCUGUUCUAUCUCUGCGCAAUCGACGAUUUAAUGACAGAAAAGCUAUCACCGCGAAUUAUCAAGAGAGAUUUUCUACAGCACUUCAUCAAGCAUCACACAUGGUCCGAACUAGAACCAGAGGACAAUGGAUCAAUUAAACGUGUCCAGAACUAUCAACAGAGAGUUCUAGAUAACGUGAUUCGACAUAGGAUGGAUAGUGCAGAACGUCACUCCUCCUUCCAGGAGACUUCGCCCCAGGUCACCCCCCUGCAAACAAAUGCCCCAAUGGCCCCAUCUCUUAGUCUGGGUUUCAACAAGUCCAACAAUUCAUCUUCGCACUCCACAAGCUCGUCGCAUGGCCGCCAAAGAUACCUCAACUCACUGAGCAAUAACCCUACGAUGACUCGAUCACCAGCGUCAGGGUCCUCUCGAGGGUCUUCCAUGAACUCGUUUCGGAGAUUUCAAUCGGCGAGUACAGCUAUUACAAUACGUCUGAAAGACUAUCAAGGUUUUCAAAUGCAAAGUCUGGAUGAGCAUGGCAGUAAUACUUAG